AUGGCUCAAGAAAACCUCUCCCUCGUCCUCGCUGAGCGACCUACGGGCGAUAUCAUCGCUGGUCGCACACUCACUCAGAAGAAGUCCACAAUUCCCUCCGCAAACGACCUCAAGAACGGCCAGGUCCUUGUCGAGGUUCUCUACCUCUCUCUCGAUCCCGCUAUGCGCGGAUGGAUGAGUGAGGUCCGCUCCUAUAUCCCGCCUGUUAAGAUUGGUGAGACCAUGCGCGGCUUCGCUGCUUGCCGCGUUAUCGCGUCUAAGAGCACAAAGGCCAAGGAGGGCGACUUCGUCUCCGGCCACGCCGGAUGGACCCAGUACGCCAUCUUAGACGAGAAGCACUUGGACCCCGCGUCCAGCUAUCCCGGCCUCCAGGACCCCAUCGACAUGCUGUCUGCUCUAGGACUCACGAGCCUGACAGCCUGGGUUGGCAUGACUAAGAUUGGUCUCCCUAAGGUUGGCGAAACGGUUGUCGUGUCUGGUGCUGCCGGGGCGACGGGCAGUGUUGCUGGUCAGAUUGCCAAGAUUGCUGGCGCAAGGGUCGUUGGUCUUUGUGGCAGUGACAAUAAGUGCAAGUGGCUGGUUGAUGAGCUGGGCUUUGACGUCGCCUUAAACUAUAAGGCCGACGACUUUAAGAACAAGUUUAAGGAGGCGACUGAGUCAUAUAUUGACGUUUACUUCGAUAAUGUUGGUGGCGAAAUUCUCGAUAUGGCUAUGAGCAGAGCCAAGGAACACGCUCGCUUCGUCGAGUGCGGCCAGAUCAGCCAAUAUAACACCCAGACACCCAAGGGUCCGACCAACAUCACCAAGGUCGUCACCAUGAGAAUCCGCAUGGAGGGCUUCAUCGUGUUCGACCACGUCCAGGACUAUCCUCGAGCGCGCAAGGAGCUCGCUCAGUGGAUGGCAGAGGGCAGGCUCAAGAAGACAGAGCACGUCCUUACCGGGGGCUUAGAGGUUGCCGAACAGGGUCUUAUUGAUUUAUAUAAGGGCGUAAACCAGGGAAAGCUUAUUGUCGAGGUCAAGCCUAAGCAACUAGCUCACGGAGGAUGA